GUAAUUGGCUCAACAUGAAUUAAAGUCGCGAGGUUCUAUUCUGGUUGGCUGGCUCGAGUCGGUAGUUAGGUCACGAAAUCCGCAGGAAGCGCUACUUUCUGGCUCUACCCCGGAUUCUGGAUCACUGGGAGGAGCCACUUUGCCCGAGUUGGCGGUGAUGACAUGAAUUUUUGUUUGUACCUGGCCAGGCUGCCUGUGCCUGGUGCGACCUAGGUCCGGAGAUACCCAAUCCUUCUGUCAUUGUUGCGUCAAGUUGCGUGCGGUACUUCCAAAUAUUCGGGUUUAUGGAGCAUCGAAAUUUUCCUACUUAGACAUGAGUAUGGCUACUCUGUUUCAUCUACGUCUUGUAUUCGCUCUCUGCAUUUCCUAACCAGUUUUUGUUCCGUUAAAUUGAAUUUCCCUCUCGGAAUCUAUUCAUUGAAGUAAAGCAAGUCGCUUCCUCUGGAGAUUCGAUGAGGGGCAUUUCUUCCUAUAAUUUCGAUGUCGACAGGUACAUCAACCGCAUUGUACCCCGCUCACGACUUCACCUACUCCCAAAACCAAUAUCAUGGUUUCUAGGGCACCGAGAGAAACCCACCAAGAACGUUGGAAACGUGGUGACUUGGUUCUGGGCUUUCAUUGGGGCGUUCUGUGGAAUUUUGGUCAUCGAAGCGGUAUUUCAGACCGAGAAGCUGCAGUCUGAUGGAGCUCCUAUCAUAAUAGCCAGUUUGGGCGCUGCUGCCAUUUUGGAAUACAACACCAUCGAUUCACCACUUAGCCAACCACGUAAUGCCUUGCUCGGCCAGGUAUUCUCUUCUGUAAUUGGGGUCGGUAUUACGAAACUGUUCAAACUGAACUCUGACUUUGAGAACCUUCGCUGGAUUGCAGGUGCUCUAUCCGUGGGUCUAUCUUCUGCGGCGAUGGGUAUCACGAAAACAAUUCACCCUCCAGCUGGAGCAACAGCGUUACUCGCCUCCACCUCACCUGACAUCGAGAAGAUUGGCUGGAUGCUAGUCCCUCUGAUCAUCCUUGGAAGCGCCUUGAUGCUGGCAGUAGCUUGUGUCGUCAAUAAUAUCCAGCGGACUUUUCCUGUCUAUUGGUGGACGCCGGUUGAUCUCAAUAGACCCAAGAAAGGAGAUGUUGAGGAGCAGACAGAGAAGGAGGUGAAGGAUGAGAAUGCCGAGUCGUCGAGUUUCGAUGACUAUAUCCAGGGCAGAGAUGGGAAGAUUGUGAUUGAUGGAGAGCGUAUUGUGAUACCCAGGUGGUUGUCUAUGGAUGCCGAGGAGAGGGUCAUGCUGGAGAUUUUAAGACAGAAGUUACGGGAGGGCGAGCUGUUGGAGAAUACUACGACGAGAGAUACCAGCCAGACUCACGUUAAUGUCUCGUCAUGAUAUCAAUAAAAUCUGCUUCAAUUCGAAUGUCUGCGCAAUGUGCAUUGUACUUUCCACGAUAUGUCUCUCUCCUUACUGCAGAGAAGAGCCUCCCGGAGUACUGGCCGAUGUGGAGCUCUCUCAAUAC